AUGGAGCUGAGCCUGGAGGCUCUGGGCAGCAGCCUCCACCAACCUCUCCCGCGGAGCCUGUUGCCUUCUUCCCCUCCGCCUCCCGCUCCUCCUCGGGCUCCCGCUCCGUUGGUACCGAGCAUGGCUUCGCUGCUGGAGGGCUCGGGAGGGGAGUACCGCCCGGAGGCCUCUCCGCUGGGGGCGCCCCCUCUGCACCCGGCGGCGGCGGCCAUGAGCCUGGCUUGCGGGGAGUCCCCCUCGGGCAUGAGCACCUACACCACCCUUACCCCGCUCCAGCACCUGCCCCCUAUCGCCACCGUCUCCGACAAGUUCCACCACCACCAUCCCCACCACCACCACCACCACCAUCAUCCCCACCACCACCCUCACCACCACCACCAUCAUCCCGCCCAGCGCCUCUCCGGCAAUGUCAGCGGGAGCUUCACCCUGAUGCGGGAGGAGCGGAGCCUGGCCGCCUCCAUGGGCAACCUCUACGGGCACCACUACGCCAAGGAACUGGCCGGGCCCAUGGGGCAGCCCCUCUCGCCCCUGGCCAACGGACCCCUGGGGCCCCUCCACAACGGCGGCGGAGGCCACCAGCCCCAGCAGCACCAGAGCCAGCACCAGCCCCACCCGCACCCCCCGCCGCCCCACUCGCUGGGGCCCUACGGCGCCGGACCCCAGAGCGGCUUCGAGGCCCACCUGCUGGCCGCCCGCGGAGAGGAGCACCUGGCCCGCGGCUUGGGCAGCCCGGGCUCCGGCCUCCUGCCGGCCCUCAAUGGCCUGCACCCGCACGGCCCCCCGCACCCGGCCCAAGGCCUGCUGGGAGAGCGAGACCGGCAGCACCAGCAGCAGCAGCAGCAGCUCUCGGUCCCCGGGGCCCAGGCCUCGUCCUCCUCCGGCGGCGGCGGAGGGCAAGUGGAGGAGAUCAACACCAAGGAGGUGGCCCAGCGGAUCACGGCCGAGCUGAAGCGCUACAGCAUCCCGCAGGCCAUCUUCGCCCAGCGGAUCCUCUGCCGCUCCCAGGGCACCCUCUCCGACCUCCUGAGGAACCCCAAGCCCUGGAGCAAGCUCAAGUCCGGCCGAGAGACCUUCCGGCGCAUGUGGAAGUGGCUCCAGGAGCCCGAGUUCCAGAGGAUGUCCGCCCUCCGGCUCGCCGCGUGCAAACGUAAAGAACAGGAACAGCAGAAAGACAGGAAUCUACAGCCCAAGAAGCAGCGCUUGGUCUUCACGGACCUCCAACGCCGCACCCUGAUCGCCAUCUUCAAAGAGAACAAGCGCCCUUCGAAGGAGAUGCAAAUGACCAUUUCGCAACAGCUGGGCCUGGAGCUCAACACGGUCAGCAAUUUCUUCAUGAACGCCCGCCGACGGUGUAUGAAUCGCUGGCAGGAGGAGCCCGGCACCAACCCUGGCAUCCCUUCUUCCUCGACAAGCACUUUUUCCAAAGCAUGACCUAUCACUUGACAUCUCACUUUCUACAUCUCUGUCCCCUCCGUUUCCACACACAAGAGCUCACCCUUGUCUCCAUGCGUGCAUUCCCCUUUUCACGCAUGAACAACUAUGCGCACACACAUCGAGUAACUAUGAAACAUGCACACCCAUGUGCCCACCUCUGCAAUGGGCGUGUCUAGCUUCUCCACCUCUGUUUUGACAUUUACAACCGGUUCACUUUUCCUCACCCUCCCAUCUCACAAGCCAUCCCUCGAAACCUUUGGUUUAGCAGAGAAAUGCCCCUUUCCUAUAAAAUUCCAGGCCGGAGAGGUUUAUGUUAUUCUGAUGGUCAAAUUGAGCAGGAGAGGUAGAAACGCAGAUAAGAAACAGUUUCAUUUUCAAAUGUUUUCCAAGGAAGCCUAUUUUUAAAGUUGUCAUUAGGGAAUGAAAGUCUCAUAAUAACCAAUCAUGACCUACAGAGCGAGUGUGCAAUGUAUGCCUUAAAAAAACACCUAAAAUUUCAGGAGAGGAGGGCAAGAAAGUGUGCAACAGUUGUAUUUGAUGUAAUUAUAUUUUCCUCCUCAUUUUGCAUCCUCCCAUUCUUGGUUUUAAAUAUAUGCCCUUUUUACUUUUGUUGUUACGGUUCCAUUGGCACUAGCAAGACACAACCAGCAUGUGUCUUGCUUUCCAGGACAUCUGUCAGGUCUAAAAUAUCCAGUUAUUUGCCUUCCCCGUCCCAUUUAAAGCUAAAGUCACUGCUAAGUUGGUAAAGACCACUUCUAUUUUGGGGGGGAAAGCAUCUGACUGAGUUGUGUGGGAACCCUUUCCCAUUCCCUUGAGGAUUACAAGUGAUUGUAAGUUACAAAUGUCAAGAAGGAUCAAUUAGUGGUCCAUAUGCAUGUGGCAUUUCUCAUUCUGCAAGGCAAGGGUUUUUUCUUUAACAAAACUAUUCCUGGCUCCGACAUUCAUGAUACCAAUAGGGGAAUAGCAUGGUAGGACAUUCAAAAGAGCAUCAUCAAAACAUCAUCACUCUGUCCUCAUAAACAUCUCCGACCGAGUCUGAUCUUCUUGCUCACAUCCCAUUCUCUCAAACCCACUUCAAGAACCGCUUCCCUUUUCCAUGAAAAUCUGCACCAAGUGUUGCAUAACCCAGACGGGAAACAUGUGGUCCCAAUUUACCAAAACAAAGUUUAAUCCAAGAGAAGACUUCUUGUUCUUUGAUGAUUCCUCUCAAAAGGAAUUCCAAGCCAAAAUGUGGAGGGGGGAGAAAAAGAAGAAACUCUUAUGAAAGAUACCCCCUUCUUCUCCCCUUUGAAUCAGUAGCGGGGGAAUCCAAACCUAGUUGCACUGUGUCACCUAGAGAUAAAGCGGGUCAUGAAGCACAUUUUAGGUACAUGAAUCGGGUAUUUAAAAAUAUAAAAGCUUUAAAGAAUUCAAAGGAAAGAAGAGCAGGAGUUUGGCUUUCUUUCCUGGACACUGGACUGGCAGCUGACCUUCCAUCCAACCUUGGUUUCAAUCCGAAGACCAGCCCCAAAUUGUAUUAUUUCCAUCCACUUCCUCCCAAAAUACUUACGAACCUCACUUUCGGCCUCCUUCCUUUGUCUCUGUUACCAAAAUAAAGGCAAGAAAACUAGAAAUUUUGGAUAUGAGAGUAAUCGGACGAGGAGAGUUGCACAGCCGGGGCAGAGUUACAGAUCUGAUGGGAAAAUCGAUGCAUUUAAGUGCAAACCUACUUUCAGAGUAGGGAGGAAAGAGUGAAUGGAAAUGUAUCACCCAUUCUCACCCACCUACCAGCAUCCCAAACCUGGAAUUAUAUGCUAAAGGAAAAGCUCCAAAGGAUCAACGUACGAAAGAUGCCCAAGUUAUUUUUGUGUUUGUGCCAAGAAGCAGCCUGCCUUAAAAAUAGAGAAGAAGAAGACAGAUAUGCAAUGGUACUCCUUGAAGACGAACAUC